AUUUCCUGAUAUCUGGGAUACAUACGACCUGUCCUGUGUAAGUGGAGGAGAGUAAAACGCAUUUGGAUUGAGACAUGGAGCAGCUCUUUUUUCUUCUCAUUCCCCUGUUUGCAUCUUCAUCCAUAAUCUCAGCAGGAAAUGACACAAGCAUACAAACUACGUUACCUCCAAACACAAAUGCUACAUCUCCAUGGUCUGUUGAUUCAAGAACAGAAGUCCAAACUGAAAAAACAAUGACUUCUGCUUUUUCAUCUCAAUAUGAGAAUGGCAAGACCAGCCACACCUCAAAAACUGUGAGCAUAACCACAGCUCCUGUAUCUUCUAGCCACACAGGACAGUCCAUCAAUACCAGCUCCAAGUUAACAACACCAAAAUCCUACACUGACACAACUCUAAAUUCCACCUCAUCCCCAGCAGCCAAAAUAACAGUGGGUGUUUCCGUACUUGCAAACACAGCUAAUUCAAACAUCAGCCUGUCUGAGGGGACGCCAACACCUUCACAGGCACCAGACAGCGGCCUCACUUUGCUCGCCUUUGGUGUGAUGAGUCUUAUACUCAUUUUAAUUGUUGUCAUGGUGGUCUUGGUGACUGCUAUCAACCUCAGGGGACAGUGUAGAGACACCAGACAGCACGAGGGUAUUAAAAGCUGUGAUUCGGUGGUAUCUGACAGCAACAUGACCAGCAACUGUGAGAAAGAGAGCAUAACUCUUGUCUCUGUGAGGACAAUAAACACAGAAAACAAUACAGAUUCUCCCCAGAUGUCUUCAGUUCACAGCACUAUACUGGACAAUGAGGACCAAGAAUUUACCAGAGACCUGCUGGGCAUCAAUGACGGACUGUGAUUUCACUCAGUUCAUAGUGCAUGAGAUUGGAGGCUGCAUUCACUAUUUAUAAUGUUAAAUGAAUGUGAAUUAAUGUGCCUCUAUCUGAUGGUCAGUGCACAGAUCACACAUCAUGCUUAUGGCCUACAUUACUGCAUAUAAAACGAUCCCUAUAUCAGACAUGCUCUUGUAUAUUAAACAUGACACAUCCUUCAUUGAUAAAUAAAAUGUCACUUUUGUGUUCAUAUUCUUUUUCAGAUUAA